AUUUUAGAUGUUUAAAAUCGAUUUUUUUGACAGAAAAUGUAGAGGAAUCCAUGUGCUAAAGGUUGAUUGCUCUGAAUUGGUGAAUACAGGGAAAUGAAGAGGACUCGUCCUACUAUUUCAGCAAGAAAGAGGAAGGCUGACCAAACUUUAACUUCAGAAGUUGGAGAAGUUGGAGGGAGAGGACGACGACAGAGGCAGAAGAAGGUUGUCAGAGAGGUCAGGGAGGAGGGGAACAGGCCUGAGGCAGAGCAACAAGUGGAGGAGAAUGCUAUAGAGGCAGAGGAGGAGGCUAGGCACAAUGCACAGGCGGAGGAGGUCCAGGAGGAGGCCAGGCCGGAUGCACAGGCGGAAGAGGAUGAGGCAAGGCCUGAUGGACAGGCGGAGGAAGAGGCUAGGCCCGAUACACAUGAGGACGAUGCACACAUUGAGGCUUCGGUUGUACGCAGAGGGCGAGGGAGAGGGCGACAACAGAGGCAGAGGCAUGAUGAGGUUCUGGUUGGUCCAGAAGAUCCGAGCUUGUUAAAGGAUUUCAGGAAUCAUGUUGCAGCUAAUAUUUGGAAUGGUAGGGAGCGACAGUUGUUGAAAAUAUAUAACCACUCGCGUUAUUUGAAAAUUUGGGAGCUACCGACAACCAAUCGUAGGUUCAUGGAUAGGGUUAAAGCUUCAGGGUUGUUUCCACUCGCUCAAAUUACUUACAGGUAUUGCAACAAGGUGUUAGUGUCUGCGUUUGUGGAGAGGUGGCACCCAGAGACAAACAGCUUCCACUUUGGGUUUGGGGAGAUGACCAUUACACUUGAAGACGUGCUCUAUCUUGUUGGGCUCCCAGUCGAGGGGUUAGCUGUGCAUGCAGAGGUUCAUAGUAAGGAGGAUUGUGUUGCUAUUGUGCAUAGAUGUCUUGGUGUGACAAUGGCUGAAGCGAGUGACGCUGUUUCUUGCGGUGGUGUUAAAUUGCACUGGUUGAAAAAUACUUUCAUGAAUGUGGGAGAUGAUGCCAUAGAUGAGAGGGUGGAUUAUUGUGCACGGGCUUUCUUGUUGUACCUUCUCGGGACCACACUAUUUGUGGACAAGACUGAAAUUAGGGUGAAUGUUUCCUACCUCGCUCUUUUGUUUGACUUGGGACAGGUUAGGAGGUAUGCUUGGGGUGUAGGAGCAUUGGGGUUCCUGUAUAGGCAGCUUGGACAAGCAAGUAGAAGUCACGUUAUGCAAAUGGGUGGCUACAUGACCUUGUUGGAGGCAUGGAUACAAGAGCAUUUUCCAAUGUUCCAACACGCCAUGAAUGCAAACUACACGGAGGACCUACCACGGGCAGCACGCUGGCAAAGUCGUAAGGAGGCUAAGUCGGCCACAACAGUCCGCUACCGUGAGAUGUUGGACGAUGUCCAAGCUAGUCAGGUGGUUUUUGACCCGUACAGAGAACGUAGGCAAGUUGUGGCAGAUAUAGCUUUAUACACUGGCUGCAUCUGUUGCAUGAUCGUCAUUGAGCCCUACCUACCGGAUAGAGUUUUGAGGCAGUUCGGCCUUGUGCAGUUAGUCCCUGGGCCUCCGUUAGCCCCGUUGCGGGGUACUAGAGGAUCUACGUCUGCUACCUACAGUGUGGUGUACCAGUAUACAGAUGGUCUUUGGCAAAAUUGGCGUGACCAUAUGCUGCAUGAGGACAAGCGAGUUCCGGUUACACCUGGAAUCCCUUGGGAGUCACACCAGGAUUACCUUCCAUGGUUUAGGAGGGUCUCACACUUGAAGGUGGCACAUGGUCGCGGAGACGGGCAUAAUACUGAGAGUGCAGAGGAGAGGGCUGCAGCGGCUUUGGUCCUUUUAGACAAUUGCUUGAGUGAAACACGUAUUUCCCCAUUUGACAUGAAAAAUACCCUUCGUGAAGUGCAGAGGAUUUUGAGGGGCCAAGACGCUGCGCACACUAGUACACCAGGCCCUAGCUCGGGUAUUAUUUUCACUAGGCACUCUCAGCGCAACCAAUUCACUUGACACAUGGACUGUGGUGGAAAAACUCCUGUUUUAUUAUGGAUGAGUAGUACCAUAUUUUGUACAUGAGGGACAUAUUUUGGACUAG